AUGAUGGAUACACAACUUCGGACAAAUGAAAGUGAUUUCGCGUGGAUCAGUUUUACUAGCGACGUGUGCCUCGGUGAGUACAAGUCGUCGGGUCCGUCGUCUCUGCGACUCGAUCGACUCACUUUUCAAUCGACUCGCCAAGCGCAACAUCACCACCAGCACCAUGAAGCUCUCGUACUUGCCCUCCUCGCCUUUGCCUUGGACGCCGUCUCGGGUGCGAGCACGCCUGGCGUCGCUGCCGGCGUCACGGGCGGUGGCAACGCAGCACCCGUCUACCCCAAAAACACCAACGAGCUCAAGGCGUACCUCCAGGACGCGGUGCCCCGGGUCAUUGUCCUCAAUAAGACGUUCGACUUUCGCGGCACCGAAGGAACAACGUCCGAGACGGAGUGCCGUCCCGACUACACGCGCGAGUGCAUCGCCAAGAAGAAAGGCUUCAAGAGCCAGGACGUGAUCCUUGAGGCGGCUGCACCAACGGCACGCCCGUUCAAGUCUUGUACGACGUGGCCGAAUGAUGUCCACGUGACGAACCUCAACCCGCAGUACGUCUGGGGCGGCGACGCCAUCUACCUCAACGGCAAGCCCGAUGGCUCAGCUAAAGAUUUGGAUCGACCACGUUAA